AUGCCCUCUCGCUGCAGAAAUGCGCUGAACAUCGUGGUCACCACCCUUUUUGCUGCGGUGGUCCUCUUCACCAUCUUGCUGGCCUAUGUCACAGGCUACCAGUUCAUCCACACAGAGCAGCACCACCUCUCCUUUGGCCUCUAUGGUGCCUUCCUCUCUCUCCACCUCUUCCUCCAGAGCCUUUUUGCUUUCCUGGAGCAUCGUCGGAUGAGAAGCCCUGCCCGGCCUCAGCAUCUCCGUCGCACUGUAGCCCUCUGCAUAGCUGCCUACCAGGAAGACCCAGACUACCUGAGGAAGUGCCUCCGCAGCAUCAGACGGAUCUCUUUCCCUGGCCUGAAGGUGGUGCUGGUGGUGGACGGCAACCGGCCAGAGGAUCGCUACAUGAUGGACAUUUUCCAGGAGGUGAUGGGAGGGGCUGACCAGGCUGGUAGCAUGGUGUGGAAGGGAAACUACCACAGUGAUGGGAGCGGAGGAGGAUGUGUGGAAGGUGGAGGGAGGAGCACCGUCCAUAUGGAGGAGGCUGUACGAGUGGCUCGGCUGGUCAGAGGCUGCCGCUACUCCUGCAUCAUGCAGGAAUGGGGAGGGAAGAGAGAGGUGAUGUACACUGCCUUUAAAGCGCUGGGGGAGAGCGUGGACUAUGUACAGGUGUGUGAUUCAGACACUGUUCUGGACCCAGCAUGCACCAUAGAAAUGCUGAAGAUUCUUGAGGACGAUCCAAUGGUGGGAGGGGUUGGUGGAGACGUUCAGAUUCUGAACAAGUAUGACUCGUGGAUCUCCUUCCUCAGCAGCGUGCGCUACUGGAUGGCCUUCAACAUUGAGCGGGCCUGCCAGUCUUACUUUGGAUGCGUCCAGUGUAUCAGCGGUCCUCUGGGGAUGUACAGGAACUCCUUGCUCCAGCGCUUCCUGGAGCCCUGGUACCAUCAAACCUUCCUAGGCUCUAAGUGCAGCUUUGGUGAUGACCGACACCUCACUAAUCGGGUUCUCAGUUUUGGCUACAAGACAAAAUUCACAGCGCGGUCACAGUGCCAGACUGAGACACCGACGCAGUACCUGCGUUGGCUCAACCAGCAGACACGAUGGAGCAAGUCUUACUUCCGUGAGUGGCUUUACAAUGCCCUGUGGUUCCACAAGCACAGCCUCUGGAUGACCUAUGAGUCCGUGGUUACCGGCUUCUUCCCCUUUUUCUUGGUUGCCACGGUUAUCCAUCUCUUCUACCGUGGAAGGCUGUGGAACAUUCUGCUCUUCUUAUUGACAGUCCAGCUGGUCGGCAUGGUGAAGGCCACCUACGCCUGUUUCCUUCGUGGCAGCUUGGUCAUGAUUUUCAUGUCCCUUUACUCUCUGCUCUACAUGUCAAGCUUGCUUCCUUCCAAAAUGUUUGCCUUGCUCACCAUUAACAAGGCAGGUUGGGGCACAUCAGGUCGCAAGAAGAUUGUUAUCAACUUAAUAGGCGCAGUUCCUGUCACAGUGUGGGCUAUGGUGCUGCUCGGAGGUGUGGUGUAUACCAUCUACUGUGAAACACAGGACCCAUUAAGUGAGACAGAAAAAGCCUUAUUGAUAGCAGGGACAAUACUCUACGCUUGCUACUGGCUCAUUCUGUUGGUGCUCUACCUGGCAAUCGUAGCCAAAAGGUGUAACAAGAGGGAAGAGCAGUAUCACCUACCAUAUGCAGAGGCAUAAACCUGAAUCCAGAGAGGCUGGUAGAACAUUUGAGCUUUGUUUCUGGCAGUAUGACAAAUAGGGUCUCUGUUGACCCUGUGAACUAUUAAAGUGAUCAGCUCACAUCUUCAUCACUGGUGCUACAAAGGUGUGAAUCUGAAAUACUAGCAGAGAAAAUAGAAUUCAAUUGGGGGACUAACCAUGAAGACUGGAUCGAUCCAUCCAGCCCUCCCAUUUAAACCAAGUUCAAUGGUGCUUCAUAUUGAAAAGCCAAACAGGAGUGAUCCAGUUAAUAAAGUGUUCACACACUUGUAAUUGUGAUGUGCAGAUGAGAACAGUAGUUAAAUAAUGGGUAUAGAUAAAAGCUUACCUAUACUUUAUGGGUAAAGGUAAGCUGGACAACUGUGAUGAUAUUAGCUGUCGGAUGCUUUUAGAGACAUGAAGGUCCUCUUUACUUGUUCAUCAGUUUUGUAAUUGCCUUCCUUUUUAGUAAAGGUUAGAUGGAAUUGAAUGAGAGCCUCUUUUAAGAUGUUUAGACAGAAUGUAAAGCAAAUCUUAGAAGUUUUGCCAAUGCCUUUUCAUCAUCUUUUGUCAUCUAAAAUAUUUGACUUUGCAUCAGUAUACAAAUCUAAAGGGUGCUUAUUUGCAAGAGGAAGCUGUGUCAACUUGAGGGUAAAAAUCCUGGUGCUCUAAAAUCAACCUCAUAACACUGUAAAGACACAGAAAAGUGGGGAGAGACUGAAGGACAAUAACUGAAAGAACUAAAGUUCUGGGUGAAUUAUGAGUUUAGUCAUUGUACACGUGAUAAUGACCAUAGCUAAGGACUUUGAGGUAAUAGAUUCACUGUUUGCAGACAAUGCAGAUCUGCGAAAUUCAUCUAAAAAUGUGUGUUCUUGUUCUGGGUUGUAGCAAAGUGUAAAUUGAAUAGGUUCAGAAUUUCACAAGUCUCUGACAACACAAUACCCACUAUCCAUUUGUUACAUGGUUUCUGUAAUAUUUUCUCCUCCCUGUAAAGGUUAUGAAGAGUGAUCUUUCUAACACCUCUACGGGUGAUAAGAAAUGCUGUAGGUUCAGGAAAACUCUCCUCCUUCUCUAACAGACAAAAAAACUGUGAUAUCAAGUUAUUUUUGGCAAUAUAAAAAGUGUUGGUUGAGUUUCUAAAGAAUUAUAAAG